AUGCCGAAAUCGGAUGCUAACUUGAACAAGAUCCUGAAAAAGGCAUGUUCGAUAGACGAGACUGCACCCAAGAGGAAGCACGUCAGGUCGUGUAUCGUUUACACAUGGGACCACAAGUCUGCGAAAGAGGUGUUUCGUUCACUGCAGACACAGCCGUUCACCACCACAGACGUCCAGCUGUUUAAGAUGCUCAUCGUAAUGCACAAGAUUAUCCAGGAGGGGCAUCCUUCUGCGUUGAAGGAGGCUAUCAGGGAUAGAGAGUGGAUUAGGUCUCUGGAGAGAGUGCCCACAAGCGGACCUGCGUUUGAGGAUAACGGUUACAGAAGACUCAUUAAGGAGUACGUCAAGUAUCUUUUGAUGAAAUUGGACUUCCAUGCGUCGCAUAAGGGGUUCCAUAAUGGGACUUUCGAGUACGAGGAGUACGUCUCCUUGGUCAGUGUCUCGGAUCCGGAUGAAGGGUACGAGACAAUCUUAGACCUCAUGCAAUUGCAAGAUUUUAUCGACGAGUACUCGAAUUUCGCAUUGGCGUCGAUACAGUCAGAUAGGGUCAAUAACGAUUGUAAAAUUGCGUCACUGAUCCCCAUGGUCGCUGAGUCCUACGGGAUCUAUAAGUUCGUCACGUCGAUGCUGAGGGCAAUGUACAGACAGUUGGGGAAGGACGACCCAGCGUUGCAACCACUCCGCGAGAGGUACGAGCUACAACACGCCCGGCUCUUCGAACUGUACGCGGACUGUUCAUCCAUCAAACUUCUCACAAGCUUACUCACUUUGCCUAGACUGCCCACGCAGCCACCAAACGUCACAGACUUUGAUAAAUCCGAUGCAGCACAGGAUAAAGAGAUAAAGUUCCAUAAGGCGGACAGGAGCGAGCCACCAAGACGCGAGACUCCGUCUCCUGCCCCAGUACAACCACCUGCACCUCGGUCCAGGUCUUCCAGUGUCUUGGCAACGCCGUCGAACACUGGCAUGGUCACGGGACUCCCUGUGAUGAUACCAACGGUUACGGGCGCAGCCGCCAUGGUCCCCGGUAUCACAGGUAUCCCAGUACAGCCAGACUACUACGCGCAGCAGCAGAUGCAAUACGCGAACGAGCAGGCGCGGUUGGAGGAACAACGGCAGCAACAGUUGCGUGAACAGCAGGCACAGCAGCAACAGUUUCAGGCACAGGUGCAGCGCGCGCAGCAGGAAAUGAUGAACUUGCAGUUGCAACAACAGGCACAGCAGCAGACGGACCUCAUUGCGCUGAACAACCAGUACGAACGGGACCAGACGAUGCUGCAGCAGUACGAUCAGCGUGUCCAACAAUUGGAACAGGAGGUCACUACCAUGAAUGAAAACGCGAAGCAGCAGAUCGAAAACAAGGACGAGCAAUUGCACUCUUUGGAGGAACAAAUGGACGUUUGGCAGAAGAAAUACGAUUCGCUAGCGAAACUGUACUCGCAAUUGCGGCAGGAACACUUGCAAUUGUUGCCCAAGUUUAAAAAGUUGCAAAUCAAAGUCAAUAGCGCACACGAGGCCAUCAGGCAGAAGGAGCACCUCGAAACGAAGAUCAAGCACAAAGAUAUCCAGAUGGCGGACCUGAUUAAAGAUCGCGACCGUUUGCGUCUUGAGAACGACAGACUUCAAGCCAACGGUGGCGGUGCCGCAGGGUCCAGGGAGCAGACACCGAGUGCGGCGCUCACAGAGAACAAACUUAACACAAUUAUGGACGGGUGUCUGGAGAGCGGUAUCGCGACCAUCCAGGAGUCAGUUUUCGAUUUGGAAUCCCCUGCAAACUGGUCUGCUCCAACAUCUUCCCCGGCACUUGUCAUGACGCUGAUAGAGAGCGCGGGAGAGUACGCCACAGAAUUUGCAACGAGCUUCAACGAUCUGAUCGUGGACGGAAUCGUCGACGGGGACCAAGCCUCCGUGAUCUCCAAUAUCAGCGAGUUCUCCAUUGCCAUGGCAUCUCUCAUCUCCAAUUGCAAAGCGUACUGCACGACUACUUUAUCCGAAGAUAUAAACGAUACUACCCUUGUCAAAGUUGUGAAGAGUUGCGCUCGUGAGGCACAAUACUUUUUUGAAGACCUCAUGUCGGAUAACCUGGCAUCGCUGAAGGACGAUGAGGAACGUACGGAUCUCGUAAUCAACGCAAACGUGGACAUGCAAGGAAAACUGCAGGAGUUGCUCGUCGCAUUGGAACCACUAAUGCAGAAAAUGGACAGGCAAUCGUCGGAAACGCAGAACGACCCACACGCGCAACUGGUCGCCACGGAGAAAAAGAUCGUGAAAUCGUCAGCGAAGUUGCGCGUAAAGGUCAACAUUGACGGUGUGCCACAACCGCUGGUUUCGCUAUCACUGAGUAUUAUUGAUGCCAUCGUGGCCCUCGUAAGGGCGGCUAUCGAAUGUCAGAACGAAAUAUCAGAGACAACGAAUGUAUCACUUACGCAGUUCUACAAGAAAAACAGUAGGUGGACAGAGGGGCUGAUAUCGGCUGCAAGGGCAGUGGGCUCAGCAACCAACAUACUAAUCUCCACUGCGAGUAACCUGACAGCCCACGAUAAGACGGGAUCCCCAGAGGAGAUUAUUGUCGCCUCAAAGGAGGUUGCCUCAUCUACCAUCCAGCUCGUAGCUGCUUCGCGUGUCAAAACGUUACCACAUUCUAAGGCACAGAGUGGCCUCGAAGAAUGCUCCAAGGCAGUCACAACUGCAUGCAGGAUGCUGGUCGCACAUGUCAUGGAGGGUGCAAAUGAUGCAGCUCCAUCUGAUGAGAAACCAAUUGAGUUCGACAGUGACCGCGCUGUUAAGACUGCGGAGAUGGAGCAGCAAGUGACCAUUCUGAAGUUGGAACAAUCGUUGAACAACGCCCGGAAGCGGUUGGGUGAGAUCAGGAAACAUGCCUACUAUCUGUACGACAACGACGACGAUGAUGAAAGUGAGGAGAAUGGAGUGUGA